ACCCAUGGAUAUGUAUGACGUCAUCGUAGUAGGUGCUGGUAUUGAAGGAUCGUCGACUGCCUACCAUUUGGCAAAACAUGGGAGGAAAACGCUGCUGUUAGAACAGUUUCCGCUUCCCCACUCGCGGGGGAGCUCCCAUGGUCAGAGCAGGAUCACCAGGAAGGCUUAUGGGGAGAUGGAACACUUCACUGUGAUGAUGAAGGAGGCAUACAAUCUAUGGGAAACUCUAGAAAAGGAGUCAGGACGGACGAUCUUCAAGAAAACUGGGAUGUUGACAAUGGGAUCAGCAGACGACAAGUUUACAAUGGGAACUAUCCGAUGUCUUCAACGUCACGCUAUUCCACACACCGUUCUAGAUUACAAUCAGAUGAAGAAAACUUACCCUAUGGUCGAAUUUCCAAGAGAUUUUACGUUUGUCGUCGAUAAGAGCGGAGGUAUUCUAAUGGCGGACAAAGCGCUAAUGUCCUUCCACGAAAUGUUCCGUUAUUACGGUGGGACAAUACGAGAUGGCGAGGAAGUUUUAGAGAUUGUUCCAGGAGAGACGGUAGAGCUACGGACUGCUACCAGUAGAUACAGGGCAGGCUCUGUCGUACUGACUGUAGGGGCAUGGGCAACAAAAGUGUUACCUAAACUUCAAGUUCACCUGCCAAUAAGGGUCAUGAGGAUAAAUGUACUCUAUUGGAAAGAGAAGGUCAGGGGUAGAUACAGUCCUGACAAGUUCCCAGUGUUCCUACAAGAGAAUGCUUCUAAUGGUUACGCAGUUUACGGUCUGCCUAGUGAAGAAUAUCCAGGAUUGGUCAAGAUUUGCCUCCAUUGGGGACCCGAGGUGGAUCCUGACACACGGGACAAGGCAGAUGACACAUGGGUACUUAAUACGAUGAAGAAAUACAUAUCAAAACAUUUCCCGGACAUAGAGCCGGAACCAGUCAUCUCUGAAACAUGCAUGUAUACGUGGUCUAAAGAUGAAAAUUUCAUCCUUGAUCAUCAUCCUGCCUGGAGAAAUAUUGUCAUUGGUGCUGGAUUCUCGGGUCAUGGAUUUAAGUUAGCUCCAGUGGUAGGGAAAGUGCUGGCUGAGUUAGCCUUAAAUAAACCGCCUUCAUACGACAUGUCACCAUUUAAAGUUCAACGGUUCCGUCACAAUGCUAAAUUAUAAUUUCUUUAUACAAACUGAAUACAUAGUAAUUGUAAUGAUUUUAUAAUGAAAUGUUGUUUUUAUAAUUAUAACACAAUGUUUUAUUCAAGCAAUAAAUGUUUUUGAUGUUCA